CCGACCCUAGUCUCACAUUUGCCAUCAGAAGGAACUUUUCUUCCUCCACUUCCUCAACAGCAAUUGACGAUUAUAAGAACGCGAAUAUCCAUAAGAACACGGUCCUUACACAUCAAUUGUGUUAUUUUGUAUCAUUUUUGAAAUUCUGACUUGAACUCGGAAUCAAAACAUAUGUCGGCUCCUAUUAUGGACUUAGGAUCAGAUUUAAGGCAAUCCUAUGUUAAUGAAACAGACUUAGACGACUUUCGUAACUACACUUCACAGCAUCAGUCGGAAAGAGACAAGCGAAUUGAAUACAUUGAAGCUCAACAUGACUGGAAUCCAAUUAAUGAACGCGUUCAACGAUUUAGUGGACGGCAACGAAGGGACGAAAAGCGUGAAGGAUUCACGUAUCCUUUACUUCGAUGGCCAUUGAUGUUGUUUUCCUUGAUAUCAUUAGUAAUUACUGGAUCUCUGUACAUAUUUACUCGCUUGUUUAUUAGCAUUCACGAAAAUGUCUUCAUUUGGAGAGGCGAAGCUGAACGUUUAAGAAAGCGACUUAACAAGUCUACCAGUUAUGAAGAGUGGAAAACAAAUGCGAUUGCUUUAGACAAGUACUUGGGUCAUGACGAAUGGUUUGACGACCCAAAGUUCGCGUAUUACGACUAUACAUUAGUCGGAACCGUACUCUCCAACAUCCGUAAACACAGGAAAGAAAAGAAUUGGGAGGCACUGAAGUCAACUUUGGACGUCUGUGUCCGUAGCAAUUUUGCAGGCUUGGAUAGUCCUAUGCUGUACUCCCAGACUUACUAUGGCACCAAAAAACUUGUAGACGAGUUUUACACGGAAGUUACAGAGUGUUUACAGCUGCUGCUUACAGAGAACGUUUUUGACGAGUACGAGUCACGGCGUGUUUUCCAGUACUUUGCCCGGAAUUUUGGACGAACGGCAUUGUGUUUGUCGGGCGGUGCCAGUUUUUCUUUCUAUCAUUUGGGCGUUGUUCGUGCACUUUUGGACGAAAAUCUCCUUCCCAGUGUGAUUACUGGUACGAGCGGUGGUGGCCUUGUUGCUGCUUUAUUAUGUACGCGAACGAAUGAAGAGUUAAAAGAGAUAAUUGUGCCUCAAAUGGCUUCCCAUUUCGAGUCGCAAAUGGGGAACUUUAUGGAUACAAUUGUUCGGUACGUUAAAACAGGCGCUCGUUUUAGUGAAGUAGCUUGGGCUCGAACCUGUAUGUGGUUUACCCGUGGAAGUAUGACUUUCGCUGAAGCCUAUGAGCGCACAGGUCGUAUUCUCAAUAUCACUGUCGUUCCAAGCGAUGUCCAUUCGCCGCCCAAAAUUAUCAACUAUCUGACAGCUCCCAAUACAAUCAUUUGGAGUGCUGUCAUUGCUAGUUGUGCCGUCCCCGGGAUUCUACGACCAGUACCUUUAAUGACACGUUCGGUUGAUGGCAAGCUUAUACCAUACAAUUUUGGCAAUCGCUGGAGAGAUGGAAGUCUGCGUACAGAUAUACCGCUCGCAGAACUUCGAACCCAGUUCAAUGUUCACUACUCCAUUGUCAGCCAAACGAAUCCCCAUAUUCAAAUUUUCUUUUUCUCUCCUCGUGGCGCUAUAGGCAGACCUGUCUCCCAUCGCAAAGGUCAGGGCUGGCGAGGUGGUUAUUUGGGAAGUGCCUUGGAGCAGUAUUUGAAGUUUGAAAUGAUUAAAUGGCUUCAUGUUGUACGCAGUCUGGAACUUUUGCCGCGCCCUUUCGGUCAAGACUGGAGCAACGUCUUCUUACAGCGUUUUGAGGGAACUGUUACGAUUUGGCCUAAGACUCUGUUGUCCGACUUUUAUUACAUUUUGGAUCCUCCUACUGAGCAACGUCUCGGUCGAAUGAUUCUCGCUGGUAAACGCGCUUCUUUUCCCAAACUCAAAUUUAUUUCCUAUCGUAUGGAAGUUGAAAAGCUAAUUGAGCAAGGACGCGCCAAAUAUGACGCUACUGAGCUAGGCACCGCUGCAGAUGGUGAUGUUGGAACAGUAUUGUCCACUGAAGAUGUUCGAGUCAGCAAAGAAUCUGCGGACAUUCAACCUGUCGAUGUUUCUUACAUGGCAGAUUGAUGUGCUACCGUUCAUCUGAAGUGAAUGUGUGUUCACCGUAUAUGAGAUGACACCCUGUAUGUUUUGAAAAUGACCAAUGUAAUUUUAUGAAUGAAGCUAUUUACAAGCACCCAAUUUAAUUAAAUAGUAAAUCACA